AGUGUCACAGAGUGCACAAGUAAUCCAGCCACGCUUCUGAGUAUUUAUUAUGCAACACUGCAAUAGACCGUAAGCAACAAACGCAAAUCAACGAUUGAUAAGAGAAUAUUUUAGAAAACCUUUUUUUUAAGCACAUGCUGCCUGCAUGCUGUAAUGGUUAAACUUCCUGUUGAAUACUUCUCCCUGCAUUUCCAUGCAGCUAUCCGACUCUGUCUGUCAGGGAUGAAUAUAGUAGUCAUGGCACGAGUGACAGGCGUGGACUGUCAUUCAGUUCAUCCAAACUGGGCUUGUCAAUCAUCUGGAACUAUUUAGCAGUCUAUUUGGGGGGAAAGUGUCUUCAAUGGGGGACAAAGCAGCUCCGGAUGAAGAGGGGGAUGGAGAGCAUGCAGCCGGCUGGGAGGUGAAGGCAAGCAGGCUGCAGGCAGGGUCAGCACCUGAAGCUGCAGACGUUCCCAAAGACACUGCCCAGGGAAUAUCACAGGACUGGAUGGGCGAAGGGCUGGCAGGAGCUGCAGAGCCCUGCAGCCACAUGGACAGCCGAGAUCCCUCCAUAUCAAGCCCCUCCUCGCCCUCUUUCUCCUCCACCCUUCAGCAUGCACAUUUCCCCUCAUCGUCCUCGUCCUCCUGGUCCUCCGCCGUGUCUCUGUCUCCACCCUUGCCCCCCACGGUGGAGCUCUCAGCUGUGUUGACUGACACCAGGCUGACCCUGGAUGUCUACCAGAGGGGAGCGGCUGCGUUGCCGUUGCUAUGGGGAUGCGUUCCUGGGCAGCUCAGGGGCGUCCAGUACCUGAGACUGGGCUCUGAGGACAAACCCGGCCUGGAUGCUGCACUGGACGUCCUCCCCCAUCUGACAGAGCUGCGCUCACUGACCGUUCGGGGACACUGUCUUUAUGACUCUGCGUGUGAGCCCCUGCCUGGUCUCCUCACCACGCUGCCCGCCUCCGUGUCCUCUCUCUCUCACCUGGUGCACGUGGAUCUCUCCUUCAACCAGCUCUCCUGUCUGCCGCCGUGCCUACUCAGCCUGCAGCUGCUGUCUUCAUUGCUUCUGUGCCACAACCACAUAUCAGCGUUGCCUCCCGACGUGGGCCGGCUGUCCUCCCUGACCUACCUGUCCCUCCUGGGGAACCAGCUGGUGUCUCUUCCCCCGAGUCUGGCUCAGCUGAAAGCGCUGCAGAGGUUCGACGUGUCGCAUAACCUCCUGCAAGAGCUACCUGAUGAAAUGGGGUCUCUUGGGGGGCUUGUGAAGCUGGACUUGUCCAACAACAAGUUGAAGCACCUACCCGAGAGCAUGGGCUCUCUCGUUUCUCUCAGGGAACUUUUUAUCCACAGCAACGACUUCCGCCUGAUCCCAAGUUGUCUGAAUAAACUGCCUCUCCUCAAAAUAGACGCCCGUGACAAUCCUUUGGGAAAACCUCCAACGCCACCUCCUCUUCCUCCUACACCUGAUCAGACAGAGAUGAAAGUCCCAGAGUUGCACCUUGGAGUUAACCAGCACAGCUUCAGUGUCUCGUCUGCUGGGUGUCAUGUGUUUCUCCCAGGGGGGGCUGAGCUGCUGUUCCCCCCGAGGUGCGUGGCGUCCAUCGCCAGACUGCGGUGGGCCGAACGAAGGCCACACAGGAAGUGGGUGUGGCUGGAGGAACACGACGUCCUCCUGAGUCGACCUCUGGAGCUUCUACCUCACGGAGUUAAAUUUCUAAAGCCUGUGGAAGUGUGCGUGCCGUACCAUCGGACCAAAAGAGGGCAGGUGGUGGUGCGGAGGUUUGAUGGACAGUCGUGGAGCACCCUGCCCACCGAUCUAAGGAGAGGAAGCGAGGGCAAUAGCUGUCACCCCGGCGGUCGCCCAGCAAGGCUGGCCUGCUGUUCAGUGAGCCACUUCUCCUGGUUUAUGGCCGUGUCCCGACCAGUGCUGGACAGCUGCUCGGUCACACCCACUGGAGCGCUGCUGGUGUCCAGCUCCCACCCGGGAAUCAAGCUCCACUUCCCCCCAGACGCCACUGUGCAGACCCGUACUGUAACGUUGCAGGUGCUGCAGGUGUCUGAGUUGGAGGUGCAGGUGCUGUGUGCUGAUCCUCAGACCAGCGUCAGUCCCCUCCUCUGUCUGUCCCAGACUCCCAGCUUAGAUUUUCUUCAGCCAGUAAAAAUUCAGAUUCCUCUUCCCCCUGGAGUAACAGGGCAUACUGCUGAUAUGUCCCAUUUGCACCUGCUUCACGGAGAUCCCACCGCCCAAACCUGGACGGACAUCACAUCACAGGUGUCUCUAUACGUUACCCAUUUGUAUGCUGUUUUCUACGUUACACACUUCUCCUGGUACUGGCUGUGGUACACCACACAGCGCUGCGUUAGUGGGGUGGUCAGGAAGGUCUACCAGAAGCUAAAACAGUUCAGAGUCCAAUUCCUCGUCCUCCAGCGGAGGACGGAUCCCUCACAAGUCCUACUGCAGUGUUUACCUGCUAAUAAGGUAGAGGGCAGAGUGCAGUCUUUGGCAGAGCAAUACGAUGGACCCCAACCUUCAGACCUCUGCGAUCUGCUGGAGGGAGAGCAGUUCUUCGCUGGCUUUGAAAGGGGCUUAGACAUCAGCGCAGACAGACCGGACUGUAAAGGGGGGCGGCUUUGCUUUGUGUUUUACUCCAGCUUGAAGAAUCUGAAGGAAGUUUACAUCUGCCCGGUUCAGGGUCAGACGGGACCAGUGAGGGGACAGGUGUCUUUCUACAGAGGGGAGAUACCCGGCGACAUACCGGAGGAAGUGGCCAGAAGGAGGAAAGGACCUGACAAGCAGUGGCUCGCUACUUUACCGCUAAAACUUCCUGCACUAAGCUCAGACAACACUUUCACCCUGGAGGAGCUGCAGCACCCCCCUCUGAACCUGGGGGACCCCGAGAGCGGUUACUUGACAGAAGCCAACCUGCUGUCCAUCUCCCUUCAGAUCGGACAGGACUGGCACGUCAUCGGCAUCAAUCUGGGUUUGAGCUACCAGGAGUUGGAGCGCAUCCAGUACAAACACAGGGACAACCUGAGCGCGUUGGUGCUGGACAUGCUGUUUCACUGGGCCCGGGCACAGAGGACAGCUGGACCCGGGGCAGCGUCCAGGCUCAUGGACGCCAUGAUAGAAAGUGACAGGAAGGACCUGGCAGAAGAGAUUGAGGACAUUGUCAGUAUAGGAAGAAGAAAGUACUCAGAGUCACUGAGGAGAGUUGGACUUGAAGCGGAGGGUUCCCCCCAUGGUGAAGAACAGCAGUAGAUGAGAACGCAGAUGGCUGACUUGCACUUGAGGAAUCCGCCCCCAUCAUCUCAUCCAGCUAUGUAAACAGCUGUCGUGGUGCACAAAAGUCUCUUUUUGAGCCCCCCGGUGGUGGCAUCCUUGACGGGACUGAUGAACAGCCUGUGGGCUGUGAUUCGAUCGUUUAGCACUUUUUAAAGACUCAUGGUAUAAAAAAAAUCCUAAUAAAUCCCACAUCUGCCAAGGAAAAGUAAAUCAACUCGCGAUACCAUAAAAUUGAUUUAAAAGUAGACGUUACACUUUGUUUUAGCUGGAGACUUUUACCUCAAAUCAUUUAAGUUGUGAUUUUAUGAAUCCUCAAACUGACCAUUUUCUACUUGGGAUGUAUAUUUAAAGAAAUUAUUGGUUAUAAAUAUAAAUGCUGACCACACGUUUGCUGUAAAUUCCAGUAAAGGCCCGUUCAUGUCCAUCAAAAGACCAGAAUUCAUAGUUAUUAUGAGAUGGACGACAUGCAUGGCGGCUUGCCUCAGGGAGGGUUUUUGUGAUUGGACUCAGAAGUUAUGUGGCCGCUUAAAUUUAGCAAAACAGUCUGCUUUUCCUGUGUGACCACACAACAAACCAACAAAAAAAACACUGGAGGACAUUUUUUAAGGAUUUUUUUCACUGUUUGAGUCAAUGCCUCCUCUUAUUUGCUCCUGCACUGCAGAAACUUUAUGGCUCCUUUUCUUUUAAGCCACUAACUCAGACCAGGUCCUCUUGGCCUUAGGAACCAUCGCUGAAGAAAUGUUAGGGUGACUGGUUCAGAUGAGGGAACCCUGCAGCCAUAGGUUGAACCUUUAGAUGCAGCAGUCGCACCCGGGAUUCACUGUAAAGAUUGAGAUGGUUAGCAGUAGGGAUGGGAAUUAUUAAGAUCUUUACGAUUCCAAUUCCUUUUUGGAUGCUGCUUAACGAUUCGGUUAUUUAGCGAUUCUCAUUUGGAAAACGAGGACAACAAUGAGGCAAAUGGCGCUAAUACAAUAGGCAGUGUUUGUUAGGUAGUUACCUGCAGUAUUAUUAGCCAAGGCCAUGCUAACGUUGCUGCUGCUGGGUUGAGAAUUACUGACGUUGGUCUGGAGGGGAGCGAAAUCACGACAUUCAUUGAUCGAUUAUUGCAUGUUGGUAGUAUUUCCUCCCUUUGAUGAAAUAUUCACUUGGGAAGUAUUGCAAGUUGCCCUGUUGUCAUCUUUUUUACUGAAAUGUAACCAGACCUUUGAGCGUUUGUAUCGCAUGGGUGUCUUUUUUACUAUUGACUGCUGGCUUACGCGCCCUCUGGAAUCAAAAAGGGAAUCGUUUUCAAAAUUUGCAAACGAUUCCAAGGAGUUGAAACAGUGGGAACCGGUUCUGAACAGGAUCCGAUUCUUGGUUCCCAUGCUAACUUAGCAGUGACGCACCAGCUCCGGGAGGUUGUGUUAGGCCCUGUCAGUACGAUACAACAUACAAAGCAAAUAGGAACAUAAAAGUGACAUGAGGGCACCCACUGGGCGGUAGGAGUGAAAAUCAUCUUGUACUUCCCUCAUUAAGGCUCAAAUCCUGGCAUCCAAUAAACAGGAAGGAGCAGGAUCGGGCCAAAAUCAAGAAUGACUUUCUGGAAUAAACAUACGUACCCUCUCAUUGGUUGAAGUGUAUGUAUAUCGCUGCUUUAACUACCUCUUUGUUUACACCAUCAGCAUCACUUAAGACUGAAUAUUAUCUAAU